AUGAGACUACUUCCAUUGCUUUGUCUUUUUACGGCUACCGCGUGGACUGCGCAGCCAGAGCGACGAGAGACCACUGCUCCGGGCUUCAAUCUCGCAUCCAUCUCUGGUGCACUACAAAACCUCACGGCCACUGAAACGGCCACGGCCAAUUUCCACAACAUCUCGCCGCCGCCGCGCUCGCUGAUCCCUGAGAUCCUCGCCGUGGUGCCAGUCUCAGUCCUCUGGGAGCUGAUCAACCCACAGCAACGCAGCUCGCUGGCCAGCCAGUUCAAGGCCGGGAGCACGCCAGCUUGGUAUCAAAGCCUGCCGGCCGAUGUCAAAAGCUACAUGUCGGUGGUGCGAUCCCAGGUCUCAGCCGGGGCGCUGACAGCUAGCGAGACCAGUACGGCCACCAGCGCAGCGACCACGUCUCAGUCUGGGGCGCCGACGACGACAUCGUCGCAGGGGAUGGCGGCACAACCGACGGGUCUCACGGCGUCGGUGAUCGGGGCAUUAGGCGUGCUAGGGUUGGCUCUGGCAUUGUGA